AUGGCAACUUUUAAGGAUGCCCCAGCCGGGAAUGCAGCGAGUGGAGAAAAGCUGUUUAAGACCAAAUGUUCUGCUUGUCACACGAUUGAGAAGGGGGGUGGCCACAAACAAGGCCCAAAUCUCAACGGAGUUGUUGGGCGAGUUUCUGGGACAGCUCCUGGUUUUUCUUUCUCUCAGGCAAACAGGAAUGCGAAGGUUACCUGGAAGGACGAUACGUUAUAUGACUAUCUUUUGAAUCCCAAGAAGUUUAUGCCAGGGAACAAGAUGGUUUUUCCUGGAUUAAAGAAACCUCAAGACAGGGCCGAUUUAAUAGCAUACUUAAAGAAAUCCGGAUAA